AUGAAGAAAAAUCAAUUGAAAUUAAAUGAAAUUUGGAGUAAAAAUAAAAAUUUUUCAGAAGGUGUUCAUUCCACGAUUGAUAAUGAAAUUGAAAUAUUAUCUACAAUGUCAUCUUCAUCAACAUCAAUUACUUAUGUAUCAUCAACAACAUCGUCUUCAUCAUCAUCAAUUCCUUCUACAUCAAUAUCAAUGCUUUCAUCGUCAAUAAAUUCACCUGUAUUAAGAACAAUUCCAUCUUCUUCAGCAACAAUUUCAUAUUUAUCAUCAUCAGUUGCGUCUUCGUCAUCAACAGAUGUAUGUCCAUUAUUAAUACCUAUUGAAGUAGAAGAAUUACCUUUAGAAAUCGAUAUUAUUCAUAAAAACUCGUCUAAUGAUACACCAAGUUCUUUACCAGAUCAUGAUUAUACUUCAUCAAAUAGUGAUAAACAUAUUAAAAAGAAAAAUUUAACAUCUCAACCAAAAUAUCGUAUUCAAUACUUAACUGAAUGGGAAAAACGACCUGAGGCUCAAUAUAAAACAUACGUUUUCGACAGUUUUGGUGGAAGACAUGAAACGUUCAUUUGUUGGUUAUAUUUGAAAAAUAAUUCUAUGGGUUGUCGUUUAUGUGAAAAAUACGGAAAACGAAAAAAUUGUAAUGGUGAGAUUGAAUUGUUACACAGUAAAGAAAACGUAUGGUGUACAACAGGUAUGAGAACGUGUUCACUCGACAAAAUAAAACUUCAUAAAGAAAAAAAUGAAGUACACAAGCAAGCAGAACAACAAGAACUACUUCUAUCUUGUCGAGCUCAACCAGGAUGGAUUGUUACACAACAACAACAAUUAAAUAAACAUGAAUUAGCUAUUCAAAAUCUUAUGUUGGCUUGUAUUUAUUUAUGCCAACAAGAUCAAUCAUUAAAUAGUAUUGAUCCUCUUUGUGAUUUACUUGAAAAACUUGGAAUGCAAUUAUUGCCAGCCGAAGUAUCAGGUGUUAGUUACCGUAAUGGCAAAGCAGCAUUAUGUUUUAUUCAACACAUAGCAAAUUUCCUUCACGAAGAACUAAUUGAAAAAGUGAAGCAAAGUCCUGUAUGUGGUACGUUAAUGAUAAAAUUUGCUUACGAGGGAACCUCCCCAAAUGUUACCCUCCGAUUUCAAUGA